CUAUUGUACGAACAUUUUGCGAAAGGGUGCUGGAGCUUGACCUGUCUCCGCGUAGCCGAUCGAGACAAAACAAUGGCACCCGCUUCUCAAUAUGAACUGGCACAGCCUCCCAGCGACUCCGUCACGGCUGUUGCGUAUGCACCACAGUCUCCCACUAGACUGCUUGCCUCGUCCUGGGACAAGCAUGUCUACCUCUAUGACACACACAAUGGCUCCGAAGACGCGCAAGGGACUUUGCUCAACACAUUUCAACAUAGAGCACCGGUGCUAGAUGUGUGUUUUGGAGCCACCGACAAUGUAGCAUACAGCGCGUGUCUGGACUGGCAAGUUUAUAGAAUCGACUUGGAGACCGGAGAAAAAACGUCCGUCGUCAAGCAUGGUGCGCCGGUAAGAUGUGUAGUACACAGCCCGCAGCACUCCCUCCUUAUCUCCGCAUCUUGGGACCAGUCUCUUCAGAUCCAUAACACACGGGAGCCGUCGACACCGAAUAUCACUAUACCUCUUCCGGGAAAACCUCACGCUCUCGCGGCCAGUCCCUCCAAACUCGUCGUCGCCAUGACGGCACGUCUCGUACACAUCUUCGACCUGACCUCGCUCCCGUCCCUUUUCGGCUCUCCAAACCCCGCGGAGGUCAAACCUUGGCAGCAGCGCGAAUCGUCGCUGAAGUUCCUCACCCGUGCCGUCUCCUGUAUGCCCAACGAUGCCGGCUACGCGACCUCAAGCAUCGAGGGACGCGUUGCCGUCGAGUGGUUCGAAGAUUCCGCCGAAUCCCAGGCCCGCAAGUACGCCUUCAAGUGUCACCGCCAGGCCGCCCCUGCCGACGAGAACGGCGGUGGCGGCGACAUCGUGUAUCCAGUCAACUCCCUCGUCUUUCAUCCUGUCUACGGCACUUUUGCGUCCGCGGGAGGUGACGGGACGGUAGCGCUAUGGGAUGCCGAGGCGAAGCGCCGUAUGAAACAAUACCAGAAAUUUCCCGACAACGUUGCCGCACUGGCAUUCUCGGCCGAUGGAAAGUACCUCGCCAUCGGCGUAUGUCCGGGCUUUGAAACCGGCGUGGAGGAUUAUUCUGGCGAAGGCAAGACCAAAAUCUUCAUCCGGGAGCUGGGCGAUGGGGAGGCCAAGGGGAAAGGUGCCAAGUGAUGCGGGUUUCUCCAGCCCUAUAAACUUCAAUGUGACAACAACGGGUAUCCUGGUUGAAGUCUGACCCACGAGCUGGCGCAAGGCGUUCAAGGCAGGUCUGGCCACUUUCGUUUUACUGCAGGGCACAGGUUGUAUGAAGGGACAUUCUUUUGUUGCAUCUUGAGUCGCCGACACUGCAGAAUAGCUGCUUCUUUGCCAGCUAUGAUAAUAUAAUUAAUGCGGCCUGCAUGGGAUCUCGACGGCCC